CCUCAUUCAGUCGCCUUCAGCGGCCGGGUUUUCAGUAGUUUUCAGCGUUUCCGAGCGAUCACACGCCAUGGAACUGCGCUGGAGCAUAAGGUGGGCAACACUGGCCUCAUGUCUUGCUCUCUCGUUCGCCAUUCCGGCGUCGCUAGUCGAAGAAAUCAAAACCAAUGAGUUGAGGAACAAUAAAGUUAAACGGGCCCACCCCCAGUUAAAUGUAGGAGAACAUGGCAGAGAAGUCCCCUAUUACAGUAAACCAACCGCUAUUAAAAGAGGGGCCAAUAAUUUGAAAAAUCCGAGUCCUGAGCAGCAAUCGCUCUCGGACUGGGAGCAAGAGCAGAGUCUGUACCAGAACCCAGACAGCUUGGCGGAUAUCCAGUCCAGUUUAUACAACGCUGAGAACCCUUUCGACGACAAAACGAUCGCCGAGUACGAGAAGGGUUUCCAUUACGGCACCAACAAGGAAAAACUGGACGAAGCCUUGGAAAAUGCGGUCCUUAAAUCGGAACUGUACGGUGAUCCGGCACCGUUGAACCAAUACAGGUAUUACGGGAACGACGAUCAGCGACGUCGUAAGCGUCGGGACGCCAGGAAGAUCAGACUCGACAGCCGAAUGAAACGCGAAGUGGAUCUCACCCCUGAUGAGAUCCUCACAAUCUUAACGCUGUACGAGAACGAGCGCAACGGCUACCGCCCCUGGGGCCUGGAGCCCGAGCCGAGCGGCGACAACCUCGAGGAGGAGGAGAACUGGCUGGACGCCCCCGUGUACCCCCACGCCACCGGCCACAACGACCUCGCCCCCAGCUACCUCAUGGACGAGAAGCGCGGCCGAUGGGGCGGCUUCGCCGACAGCAGGAAGAAGCGCUUCAUGGUGGCCAAAAAGCGCAACGACCCCACCAGAGAACUGCGCUACUUGAACGGCCCCAACAAGAACGACUACUACACGCUGAGCCAACUCUUGAGCAAUCAACGCGAGCCUAAUGUUCCCCUUUACCAUCGGCUAGUUUUGUAAUAAGUUUUUAGACUAAACCCGAGCUCAUAUCGCGUUUUUGAAUCGUUUAAAGUCUAUCUGUGUUACUAGUUUAUUGAUGUUUAUAUGUUUUAACUCUCAAAAAGUCAGUCAGUAUAAUAUUUACAAUAUAUUUAUUGAAUGUUGUAUUCCGUAAUAUUAAUAAAUUGUGCAUAAUGAUCUGUU